AAUAGAUAACUCUCUCUCCAAAAUGCUCUUCUUGCCAGUUUGCACACUCCCCACGACCAUUAACUAUUGCCAGCGACUUCCAGAGCGUUGCAGCUGAAAAAUAAUUGAGCUUUGAAAAAGCAGCAUGGCUUCAUUCCUUCGAGCUUUCAACGCGUCGCUGGUUCGCAGACCAAUGGUAACUCAGUGUGCAACCUCGUUCACUCUCUUCGCUGCCGGAGAUGUGAUUGCGCAGCAGCUCAUUGAAAGGAAAGGGCUCGAGAAGCAUGACUUCGCCCGAACAGCUAGACUAGGGUUCUAUGGAGGGGCUUUGUUUGGCCCUCUCGUUACCAAGUGGUUCCAGUUGCUGAACAAGCUGCAAUUCUCAUCACCGACAAAAGCUGUUGCAUACAGAGUAUACCUUGACCAAUUCCUCUUCACCCCUGGUAUUGUCGCAUUUUUCUUCGGGUCUAUGACCCUUCUCGAAGGAAGAGGCUUCUCAGAAGCUACCGAGCGGAUCCGGGAGGCUUAUGUGCCUACUCUGAUCCGCAACUGGGGAGUCUUCAUCCCCACUCAAGUUAUCAACUUCGCUGUUGUUCCCCAUCACCUGCGCUUCGUUGUCGUCAGUGUCGUAUCUUUAUUCUGGAAUACGUAUUUGAGUUCCGUGAACUCACGAAAACAGACUGAGCAAGAGUCGCAUCCUAUCAAGCACCUUUCGGAGAAGACGCUAGAUCAGCUGGACCAGGUCGAUUGAAGCUAUCGCUCUUACUCGUAGACACGCCCAGAGUGUCAUGAUAUCACCUUCCGAGGGUGUACGCAUAGAUCUAGAAGCCUAUACCCUGGCUGUUUUGCUUUCUCUCUCACGUAUAGUACUCUUUGUUAGUUUUACAACCUGGAAUUCCUUGAAUGAUCGAGGGGCGUCUUUGCUUCACCAACGAAUCACAUUCCC